CCCGGGAUCAAGGGUUCAGUGGUGCAGGGACAGUCAGCCGCAAGACUUUAUCUCUCCAAAUCCCACUGUGUGCUACUGCACUAUGCUGAGGGCUUCCUCCUUUCCCGCCCUUCCCGGUCACCUGGGCGCGAUCAGGUUGAAUCGACCAAAGCGAUGGUUAUGGAGAAGCCUAGUCCCCUGCUGGUCGGGCGGGAGUUUGUGCGACAGUACUACACCCUGCUGAACCAGGCCCCGGACAUGCUGCACAGAUUUUAUGGAAAGAACUCUUCUUAUGCCCACGGGGGCUUGGAUUCCAACGGGAAGCCAGCGGAUGCAGUCUACGGGCAGAAGGAAAUCCACAGGAAAGUGAUGUCACAAAAUUUCACCAACUGCCAUACCAAGAUCCGCCACGUGGAUGCUCAUGCCACUCUGAACGACGGGGUGGUGGUCCAAGUGAUGGGGCUACUGUCCAACAAUAACCAGGCUCUACGGAGGUUCAUGCAGACCUUUGUCCUUGCUCCUGAGGGCUCUGUUGCCAACAAAUUCUAUGUUCACAACGACAUCUUCAGAUACCAAGAUGAGGUCUUUGGUGGCUUUGUCACCGAGCCUCAGGAGGAAUCUGAGGAAGAAGUAGAAGAACCUGAAGAAAGACAGCAGACACCUGAGGUGGUGCCUGAUGAUUCUGGAACUUUCUAUGAUCAGACUGUCAGCAAUGACUUGGAGGAGCAUUUAGAGGAACCUGUUGUGGAGCCAGAACCGGAGCCGGAGCCGGAGCCAGAACCGGAACCUGUGCCUGACAUCCAAGAGGACAAGCCUGAGCCUGCAUUGGAGGAAGCUGCUCCGGAGGAUGUGCAAAAGAGCACUUCCCCGGCCCCCGCAGAUGUCGCCCCAGCACAGGAGGACUUAAGGACGUUUUCUUGGGCAUCUGUGACUAGUAAGAACCUUCCUCCCAGUGGGGCUGUUCCAGUGACAGGGACACCACCUCAUGUGGUAAAAGUGCCGCCUUCACAGCCCCGUCCAGAAUCUAAGCCUGAAUCUCAGAUUCCACCACAAAGGCCUCAGAGAGAUCAGAGAGUUCGAGAGCAACGGAUCAAUAUCCCUCCUCAGAGGGGACCCCGGCCAAUCCGUGAGGCUGGUGAAGCAGGAGAUGUGGAGCCUCGGAGGAUGGUGAGGCACCCUGACAGUCACCAGCUCUUCAUUGGGAACCUGCCACAUGAGGUUGACAAGUCGGAACUGAAGGACUUUUUCCAAAAUUAUGGGAACGUGGUGGAGUUGCGCAUUAACAGUGGUGGGAAGUUACCCAACUUCGGUUUUGUUGUGUUUGAUGAUUCUGAGCCUGUUCAGAAGGUCCUUAACAACAGGCCCAUCAUGUUCCGAGGUGCGGUCCGUCUGAACGUGGAAGAGAAGAAGACCCGUGCUGCCAGGGAAGGAGACCGCAGGGAUAACCGCCUUCGGGGACCCGGAGGCCCCCGUGGUGGCCCGAGUGGUGGGAUGAGAGGCCCUCCCCGAGGAGGCAUGGUGCAGAAACCAGGCUUUGGUGUGGGCAGGGGGAUUACAACUCCAAGGCAGUGAAUUGCUUGGCCCAGAUCUCCACACAGCACACAGCCCUGGCUCCUGAAGAAUGGUGAAUUCCUUCAACCAGCCUUUGGUGUCUCAGAGUAGUCUAUUAUAAACUGCUCGAGUUUGUACAAUUUUCAUUUCGCUUGUGUUCAUGGUGUGUGCCCCUCCACUCCCCCUUUCCUCCCUGACCUUUUAGUCCUUCACUUCCAGUUUUCCGGAACGCUACUUUAGGAGGAGUAGGUUUUUAAGGAAGAGGGGAGGCUCGCCUUCCUGCCCACACCGCAGAUACAGACUGGAGUUUAACAGCCGUUCCCCAAGGAGCGCGUCUCGCUUUUCACUGACAGUGGAUGUUUCAUCUGUUGGGAGACACAGGAUUUGAUAAACAUUUUGGAAGCAGGAAAAUCCAUAUUACCUGUCGAGAGUCACGACUCCUUUCUGGUGUGGAAAAAUUGCCUUUUGGCAACUGCCGCUGGGUCCCUGCUGGUGUGGCUAACUGAAUAAAAGGUGUUUCCAGAACUUUGUUCUUUUGACAUGUGAUUACCAAACAGUUCUAAACCUGUUUUUACCAUUGGAUUUUAAAUUGUGACGUAGCCUGUCAAUGUCUAGAAUGCAGCUAAGGAUUUUUUUGUUGAACUGUUAGGUUUUUUUUUGUUUUUUUUUUUUUUUUUGAGGUAGAGUUUUUCAUGUUUUAUUUGUAUUUGUAAAAAAAAAAAGAAAGAAAAGAAAAAAAAAAAAAGGACAAAAAAUCCCCAUGAGAAAACAAACCCCCAAUCUGAUAACAAAACCAAGCAAAACUGUGCCUUCUAUUUAUCUUUGAUUCUGGUCCUGACAAUUGUUUAAAGAAAAGUAAUAAAGAUUCUAGAUUUGUGUUCAGAUUCAGAGUAUGUGGGGGAACUGUAGAAUUUUUUUUUUUUUGAUCACGUGUAUGUGUUGUGUUAACAUUGUUCUGCCUUAUCCUGAAAUCACGCCUCAGACUGGACCGCUUUUGAGGAAGGUGCUUCUGUGAGGCCUCUGACCUCAGUGGCUGAUGGCCACGUUCUACUCUGCUGUCUAUCUGGGUUCCUUAGGGGCCCGUCAGAAGGAUUUGGCUUGAAUCUUGGACUUGGCUAAUGUGCUCCAGGGUCUGCAUAUUUUUUUUUUUUUCUUUAAAUCAUAGCCAUAUGGUAAAUUUUCUAUUUUGUUACGGUUCUCUUUUACUGAUGGACAUGCAGUGGGUGUUUCUUGGAAAAGGCCAAUUUUUAUUAAAAUAUUUCUGGAAGAAAACUUCAUCUGGCAAUGUAGACUGCUAAAACUCACUUCACAGUGUUGUGUUGAGUGUUGUGUGUGAGAUGGGUGAAGGUUUUGUUUACACAGCUUCAGUGUGUGGGUAACCAGAUUGUCAAAUCUAACUUUUCCUAAUGUUUUUUUUGUGUGUGUAUGUAUGGGGGGUGUAUUCACACAUGGGUGUACCACAGCGUACUUGUGGAUAUCCGAGGACAAAUUGUGUGCAGUCCUUAUAUUCCACCCUGUUUCAGACAGUCUGUCCUUUUUCUUGCAUAGGCCAGGCUAACUGGCCCAUAGCUACAAGUUCCCAGGGAUCCUCUCAUCUUGCUGUAAGCACAGGGACUGCAGACAUAAGCCGUGUCUGGCUUUUCUGUGGGUUCUGGGGAUUAAUCAAGUCUUUAGACUUGCACAUAGCACGUCUGCCAGUCAUCUCCCUAGCCCUCUCAUGUUCGUUUGGAGAACUGUCAUGGAUGGGUAAGUGUUACAGUUUUGUUGUUUGAAAGGGUAGUUUGGGUGAAAAUGAUGAAGUUAUCGGUCUGGUCUCAGUACCUCACAGAUCUGAAUAUUGGCAGCAUCUACACAUGAGGCAGCCUAGUCACAUGACUGUUUUAGGGUUAGUUUAAAUAUUUUCAUUUGUUUUAGGCCAGUGAUUAUAGGAUAAAGUGUUCAGCAUGUACUACUACAGAAGUAGAUCACGUAAAGAUUUUGGUGACAAGAAAGACAACAGCCACGUGUGGUGGCACAUGAAUUUAAUCCCAGUACUCAGGAGGCAGAAGCGUGUAGAUCUGUGUGAGGCUAACCUGGUUUAUGAAGCAAUUUCCAGUCUGGCCAAGGCUGCAUAGUGUGACGUCAAAAAUCAAAACAAAAAGGCAGCCAAAGGAAAAAAGGUAUCCUAGAUUACUUCUGAAAAAAAAAAAUUGAGGCGGUGCACUUUGGCAUAGGCCUGUAGUCUCAGAUACUAGAGAGCCCCAGGCACAGGGAAAUUUCAAGUUCAAGGCCAGUCUGACCUAUGUAAUACGGUCUCUCUAAGUUUCAGUAACUCAGGUAAAUCUAAAAAUGAUUUUCACAAUUGUACUAAGUCAGAUGGAAGUUCUUCCUCGCCAGGAGUACUAACCUACUGAGGCGAUUGACAUUUGACAGUACAAGGUGAGGAGGUGUCUUGGGAUCAGCACUGCCCCUCAUAUUCUCUGUGGGUCAAGGGUGAUCAGGAUUGAUCUGAGAAAUAAAACAGUUUCCUGUGGGUACAUGGAAUGGUGGUGGGAUCGGGAGAUAAAAGUCCCGUCUCUUUGGCCUCAGAUAAGUGGGAAGUGUAGAUCUCCAUGACCUCUCUGUAUUGCGUGGGUGCAUGUGUGCAUGUGUAUAGGGAUGUAGCAGUAUGCCUGAAUUGCUUGUGACUAGCCCCACUUCGCAGCGGUGGGAUUGGGAUGGGGAUGUGCUUUGAAAGUGCAUGGGCCUGAUGGGACUUGGCAGCACAGUUUACAUUGCUGAGAAUCUGGAUGUCAGUACUGACACCACUCAAAUCCUAAAUCUCAGUGCUUAGAGGCAGGUAGAUGUUUAUGGCCACGUAGAAAGCACAGGGUUUUUCUGUAUGUAUGAGGCUGACUCUUACAGCCUCAGAUCAAAUUAAGAUUUGAUCUGUAGGGAUGACUCUGGAUAGUUCUUUGUUAUUGAGUGGGGUCUUAACCUGGACCUGUGAUGGAUUUUUUUAUUUAUGUGUACAUGUGUGUAUGUUUGUGUGAAUGUUGGCUAUGUGUGUGCAGGUGACUUAGGAGGCCAGGUGAUGUUGAUGACUCGCUGGAGCUGGAGUUACAGGUAAGUGAGCCUUCCUACAUAGGUGCUGGGAACCGAACCCAUGUCCUGGAAGAGCAGCAAAAUGCUCUUAGCCACUGGGCAUCUCUCCAGCCCUGAAUCUUUGUCAGACAUAAGUAAAUCUUAAACAAAACUGUUUUAUUUGUUUUCAUGGUGAGAUGGUACUGCCAUGUUCUUCGAUCUCAUCUGCUGCUCUGGAGCAGUGGGAAUUGGAUAGUUAAAAUACAGGCCUGUGGCACAUACUUGUAAUCCUGGUGUUCAGGAGGCUGAGGUGAGAGGAUUGUGAGUUCAAAACCAACCUCAAUUACAAACCAUGAGCCUGUCUCAAAGACAAUGCAGCAAGAAACAAGUGAACUCACUUAAUUUUCAUAUCCACCCUGUGGAACAAGGGGAAGAUAUGGCAUGAAGCAGUUGAGUGAGCAGGGCUUCCAGGAGCAGGUGGGGUUCUAGGCAGCACCUAUUGUGUUGAACCAGGAGCCCGCGUCCAGCGAGUGCCUGUGAACCAGGUAUUCCUAGAGUGGGAUCGCCACUGCACAGACCUGAGUUGCUGUAACAUUCAGAACACAGUAGCGCCCCUGUUCCUUUAGGAAAGUAAACUCAUCGAUUGCUUAUAGAACUGGUGUUCUGCCCCCACUCCCCUUAGAGAUGGAUGCAUUUACUGUCUUAGCAAGCUGUUUUUUUGUAAGAAGGGCGGGGGAAGGGUACAGGUGUGUGUGUGUGUGUGUGUGUGUGUGUGUGUAUGUGUGUGUGUGUAAGCCAGAGGCCAGAGGAGAUAGCCUUGAGUGUUCCCCAGGAGUCAUCCACUUUUUUUUUUUGAGAUGGCCUCACUACGUAGCUGUAGUUGUUCUGGAACUUGCCUCCUCUUUAACUCACAGAGAUCCACCUCCUUCUGCCUGUCAGAUGUUGGGCCUGUGGCACACACUUGCAAUCCUGGUGCUCAGGAGGCUGAGUAGGUGUACUGGGAGGCACCUACGUUGACGUUCCUAAGUGAUGCCUGAGUCUGUGAUUGGAGUCAGUGAGGUGUGCAAGCCCGUAUCAGGCUCUCCUUGUUCUUUGAAAUAAGGCUUUCUCACUGGGACCUGUUGCUCUCGUUAGGCUAGGUAGCUGGCCAGUGAGCUCAGGGCGUCCACCUGUCUGCCUCCCCAGUGCAGGAUUACAAGUGUGUCUCCCGACACCCAGCUUUUAUGUUCUGCAGACUGAACUCAGGUCCUCAGGCUUGUGCGGCAGGCAUUUUACAGAAUGAACAGUUUCUCCAGCCUUGCUAAUGUGAUGCUUUAAGAGCUGAAACUCACCUGCCAUUUUCUCUGAGGUCUUUCAGCAUUCUGUAUCUGGUGUGUUGGUGCUUUUAGUCCCCAGGGGCAGUGUUUGGGGCGGAAGCACUGCCCUGUCGCCUUCCUGCCAGGCUAUAUGAGCCACGUUAUGUAUCAAUGGCCUGUUCUUUUUCACACGAUUCACUCGUGAGGCGAGGCUCCAGCUCGUGGAAUGACAAGAGUCCCCAUGGUAUUCCUGGACAUGCUAAGCCCAUAGCUUCCCGUGCCUUCUCUUCCCCAAACAUGGGCAUGUGCCCCCAGCCCCAUCUCUGUUUCUUACCAGUUUUUGUCAAGACCCAGUUCACUGUUAGAAUUGUAAGUGAACAAAUUCACCUCCCUUUCAUUUUGUUUUGUCCCUAUUUGAAGUUCUGUCCCAUUCAUUGUCAUAAGUAGUGUCUUCCUGGAGGACUCUUUCUCAUGGUUCAGCCUAGAGUUGGAAUUAGCUUUUUACCACUGUUAAGUUCUUAGGGAACUGAGAACAGAUGCUUAAUUUCUGUAUCCCACAGGGAGGCACCUACCUUGAAGUCCCUAAGUGAUGACUGAGUCAGUGACUGGAGAUAGAUAGCCUUCCAUCAAUUUCAGAUUGUGUGACAUUUCAGUACAGGAAAUUCUUGGAAGACUGGGGGGUGGAAGUAGGGGGUCUAUUAAGGAAGCCUGUGGUCUGAGUAUUCUUCCUGGAUGUCCUUAGUCCAUUGUAGGCAUUGUCCCUGCAGGACAACUGAUUUCUCACAAACUCGCUACCCAUGCUCCACCCUGCUCGAAGGGACCAGUCAGUUUCCCUCCAUUCCUCCCUGCAUCCAGUCUUCAGAAAAGUCCCAUCAUGCUACCUCAACAGACUUGACACCACACUCCUCCCACCCCAUGACGUCACUGGUCUCCGCUCAUCAUUAGAUUAAUCUUUCUGAACCAGCCCUGGCCUUGUAGCCCACAUGUGUUUUUUUCUCUCUCUCACCACCCCCAUAGACUGUAAGCUCUUUGUGGCAGGAUCUGUGAGUGAGUCACCUUCGUUAACCCCCAGUGGUACCUACCAAUAAAUAUUGACUAAACAAAUGAGUUCUCACUUCUCACUAUGAAGUCCUUCUAGUGAAAUGCUUCCCAGGUUGUACACAGGUUUUUCUCUGGGGGUAACUGUAGGAUUUCAGAAGUUCUCACAAGAUUGGCGAAGUCUAACAAUUAGGAGUUAAUCACAGAAAAUUUCAGAAAACUUUAAUUUUUUUUCAUUAGAAUUGGCAUGGAUAUGUGUCUAUGGAUGGCUCAAUAAAUAUACUUCUAUAUACAGCACAGAAAUUUUACAUUCCAUCUUUAAAUUGCAGAAAUAGAUUUUUUUUACAAGCUAAAAAGACCCGAACCAAAACAAAACAAAAAUAACAAAAACAAACCCUGCCAUAACUUUAAUGACUUCAUGCAAAAAAGGGAAGGGGCCAGAGAGAAUUGCCUGUUCAAGGUUGAAUGGUCAAUGAGACGUAAAAAUAGUACAUUAAGGAAGCGGUUGCUUAGCACGCUGCUUAAGGUGGGAGCCAGACAGAUCCUUAACUGCAGCUUUAAGGCCAUACCUAGUUUAUACAUAUGUACAAAGAAGUUUCCAUAGAAAACACAUGGUCACAUUCUCUUCUGGGAAAGGAUGAGGAACUUCCGUGAGAGUAAUUCAGACCCAAUUUUCCAGGUCAAUUCAUCAGAGAUGUCCCCGGACUGCUACUCAGCAAUCUGCUUUGGCUAUGUGGCUUGUGGAAACCUCUCCCAUUGUGGUGAUAAAGUACUUUACAGCUCAGCCCACAGUGCCCAGCUAAGCACGACUCUUGCAUCCUUUGGACUUAGACAAUUGUAGGCAUCUUACCUCUAAUGGACCCCACAUCCACACUGGCACUGUGAUAGGAAGGAUGGCAGGAUGCCCUUGUAGGGUUGAAAUGCCCAGGGAGUCUUAACUUCCAGGGAGCAUUUCCUACCUGUUUUAAGGGGCUGACUUUUGUCCCUUGUGAUUUGUGACACAUUUCAGUUGGAAGCUAACUUUACUGGGGAGGGAAAAAGGAAAUAUAAAGUUACCCAAAGAGCCAUCUGUUCUGUCUCAGAACCAAGCCAGAGAACUUUGAAGACAGGUUAGCUUUGUGCAAACACCUAGAUGGAUGAACUAGAGAUGACAAAGGGUAGUCCUUUGGAGGUGACUCUCAGGUCAUUCGCUUUGGCAAGGUUUGGGUGAGACUGGGGUGGCACAUUGCUCCCAUCGGCAGAAGCUAGCUCAUUUCAAAUGAGUGAAUUACAUCUGAGGUUCAGGUGAGAAUGGAGAGCUUACCAAGUCUGGGAGAAACAAGGCAAAUGCAGCAAUCACUCCAGGCUUGUAACCACCCAGGCAUGUCGAAAGCCGGUCCAGUCUGGUUUGGCAGCCCCGUGGCUUGUUUGAACAGUCACUUCAUUUUUACUAGUACCAGCCUUUGAGUAGCACUGUCAAGGACUUGCGUGGAUCCCAACAGGACUAUCACGAGGUUGAUCCUGACAGUAACAAGAGGGCUUCAAAUGACUUCCGGUCUUGUCUUGGCCACUUGGUUUUUGAGACAGGGUCCUGCUGCUUAGCUCGGGCAGGACUGGAACUCACUGUGUAGCUCAGGGUUAGGUCUUUCUGAUUCUACCGCCUGUGUCCUGGGAUUGUAGUCAUGCACCACCACAACUGGCUGUCUUGGUCACUUUGUUUAUUAGAAGACAUGUAUUUUAUCCAGUUUUUCAAGUUUUUUUUUUUUUUUUUUUUUUUUUAGGCUGCUGCAGUCCCUGCUAUGCCAAUCUUUUGUAAGCUUAACUCGGGUUGAUUAAAAAAAAAAAAAUGCGAACAUACUCCUCACCUCUUUGUUGUCCGUAGUAUACACAUCAGCAUGCAGUAGGCAUUGCAUGGGUCCAGUAUGAGAAAGAAGGAAGAUGAGCCCCUUUGGAGCCCAGCUCGUUCAUCUCAUUUUAACUUGGUGGCGAUAUUAUUAUCAUGGCUCCAGCGUUGAAAGAUGAAAUCGUUAUGACAUGAAAUUGGAUGGGUUUAAAAUGUGCAAUUUAUCUCAUCCAACACUUCAGCUUCAUCGAUACCAUUCUGGCUAAAUUAGCGUGCUGAGAGCACAAUGUCUUUUAAUAUGAGGUAGAAAUGCAUCUAACAUGGAGAACGUUAACCUACCCAACUGCUUGCGUGAUCACCCUCCCUUUCAAGCUAAGACUUAGGGACAAUCUUUUACAGAGGGAGAUACUAUAAGCCAUCCCCCCAAAAUACCCCUCCUAAGUUUGCCAGGGGAAGGAAGGCAAGUUCCUGAGGGGGGGG